AUGUCUAGUGGAUCCAUUAGACGGGUCUCACGUGAAGAUAUACAACUGGUGCAAAACCUUAUCGAGCGAUGUCUCCAGCUUUACAUGAACCAGAAGGAAGUGGUAGAUACUUUACUGGAUCAGGCAAAAAUAGAGCCUGGUUUCACAGAACUUGUUUGGCAGAAACUUGAGGAAGAGAAUCGGGAAUUCUUCAGGGCGUAUUAUUUAAGAUUGAUGGUGAAGCACCAAAUAAUGGAAUAUAACAACUUGCUUAAGCAACAGGUGGAAUUGAUGAGUCAGUUACACUCAAGUGGAGUCACUUCAAUAUCUAGUUCCAAUGGAUCUCACAUUUCAUCAAUGCGCCAAAACUCAACAUGCUAUGCACCAGAGCAUGUAGGAACAGCGCUGAAGACAGAAAAUAUACACCACCAAGUUGGUUCUUGCCUACAUAAUGCUUUUACUAAUGGUGGAUCUUCAUUGCACAUCAGUAUGCACAAUGCUGGUAAAAUGUCUGCUCAUACCGGUAGGAUUGAUGUCCAACCAAACAUGCUUUCGAACCAGAUCUCCAACAUAGGUCUGAUGCAUGGAAUGAAUGGGGGAAUUGUCAAAUCAGAAGUUGGAUAUUCAGGCAGUUCGUACAUGUUUAGUGCUGAUGGAAACAUCCUGGAAACCCGGCCCGCUAUUGGAGAUGCUUCUGUUGCAGCAUUCAAUAGCGUAGAGUCCAAUUCACAGUCCCUAAAUGAAUCUCUGCUUGAUGCAGACAGUUCAUCAUUUGGUCUUUUAGGUCAGAUUCCUCGAAUCUUGAGCUUUUCGGAUCUUGCAACUGACUUUUCUCAGAGUUCAGACAUACUGGAGAGCUAUCCUAGAUCACCCUUCUUGGCUACAGAUAAUAACAACUUCCUGGAUUCUCGUGACAGAGAACAUCAAGGGGACAAUAACAGAUUGGACACCGUCUCAGAAGGUGUAAGUUAUGAAGAUUUUGGCAGUGAAUAGUUAUAAAAUUCCAAAUGUAAAAUUUCAACCCUAGGACAGAAGGGCUUGUACAUACACCAUUUAAGAUUUUGUCUGGUGUGUAAAAUUCACUGAUGGUAGUGAGAAUGACAGUUAGGGUGGUUCCUUACAACAAGAGGACAUCAACGCUGGAAACUGUUAUGGAAAUCGUUUUUGUUAUCUUGGAUAUUCUGCUAGCUGCUGCAGGUUUUAUAUUGAGUUGGUUUUUUUGAGGUAUAUUUUAUCUUGGAAACAAAUGUAGUUUGUUUUGAUGACGAUGAUGGUCGUGAUGUGAUAUGUCGCCUAUCGCCCUAAAAAAAGGAGGAAAAGGAAAACCAAUGCUGCAGUUAGAAUUGUUGAUAGUUGAUAAAGAAAUUUGGGUAUUGUGGUUGGUUGAUCUGAUAUGGAAAUGUAGUUUUGUUUUUCUUUUCUUGGUCUGGAAAGAAAUGUAGUCUUUUUUUCCGUCAGACGGAAGAAAUGUAGUCGAAUAUAAAUCAGUGUUUCGGAAGUGGGCACAUAAAUGAGGGAUGGGCAAACGGGUCCUGAACCUGUGGGUCAGGGUGGGUACAUACGGUUCGGGAUUUGAAGUUUUUAUGUAUUGUGUAAAUUUGCAGACAUGGUGAAAUUUUAAGUGUUUUUAACUCAAAAAUGUCGUGGUUGCACUUACAAAUUGCUUGUGAAUAAAUUAAUUUCGUUGUGGUUUUUAA